AUGCUUCACUUCUCGGAAGCACAAUGCCGUGACGAUGACUGGUCUGGUCUUCGGGAUCGAGCGGAAAGACGCAAAAGACAGAAUCGCCUCAACGUCAGAGCUUACAGGAAGCGAAAGGCCCUCGAAUUGUAUCAAAAUGAGCAGACGAAAGCAUCAACGGCUGAUAGGUCACAUGAUUCUUCUCACAAAGACUCGCGGCCCAUUCUGAGCUCGGGAACAAGUCUAGAUUUCAUACAUUGGGCCCCACCGACGCAGCCCCCAUCUGAAGCGUGUCGCUGUCCAAGGCCUCGCUCUGACGGAGGUGAGAUUCGUACACAGAUACAGCGACCUACCAGUCACCAUAAUAAUGGCAUGUCGCGCUCAACGAAGCGUGUUACGCCUUACUUCCAGAAUCCCACUACUUGGUUCCCUCUGUAUAAGGAUCACCUCAUCCCGCUGGUCUACUACAAUGUCUUCAGGGCAACUAUCACCAACAUUCACAUUCUAUCUCUUAAAUCUCUGCUCACCAGCCCAUGCACACCAGACCUUCACACAACACCACUAUUUCCGACACCAUGUCAAGUGCCAGAGACUUUGAUGCCUACUCCCACACAAAGCUCGACCCCUCACGAAUGUUGGAUUGAUAUAUUCCCGUCGGGUGGCAUGCGCGAUAAUGCCAUCAAGUUUCGUGAUCAGUAUAGCCAGCAUGACAUUUGUACUGAUCUGGUGGGAUGUCAAGAAGGCGAUGUAUGUCUUGAUCAACCAGGUAUCAUUGCUUGGUCAGACCCUUGGCAUCCUAAUGGGUGGGAGGUCACGGAGAAAUUUGUCGAGAAAUGGAGCUUUCUGCUCAAGGGUUGCGAGGAUGUCAUGAGAGCGACCAACAAAUGGCGCGCACUGAGAGACGAGGAGCCGCUUGUAUGGGAGCUGUGA